UUUUUUUAGGUGAAAAGAAACGAGCAAACAUCGGCUGUGAACUCAUCACAAACCCGCACUUCUUUUUCUUGAUGAACCAACAUCAGGUCUGGACUCAAAUAAUGCAUACAAUCUCGUAAAGACAUUGGAAAACCUUGCUGAAAAUGAGGCGAAAACAAUUGUUAUGACCAUUCAUCAACCUUCGAGCCAAAUUUUUCAUUUGUUUGAUAAACUAUUGUUACUGGUAAAUGGCCAGGUUGCCUACUAUGGUGAUUCUUCAGAUGUUCUUGAUUUCUUUGAAAGAGCUGGUUUUCAUUGCGAGGAGCAUUAUAACCCUGCUGAUUAUAUAUUGGAGGUUUUGUCAAGAGGUGCUGAAGUUGAAAAGACUAUUGUAUCAGCUUGUGAUGAAUGGAUAAAAGGAACUCUCCCCACCCCUGUAUGUGUUGACAGACGAAGUAUCGCCUUAAGUAGCGAACGGGAACGGGACAACGACUCUGUCGUAUUACCGCUGGACUACUGUUUGCAGAACAGAGCUAGUUUCCGAGAAGACAACGAUUCUCAGAAUUCCAGUCCUAGUCCCCAAAAAAAGGUUGCGUUAUCAAAUAACGUCGAACACACAGAAAAUGAUCUCAGUACUACCGGUGAGAAACUGAAUGGAUAUACAAAGAAAUUACCUGCGUCAGAAACUUCUCAUUCUUCAGUCGUUCAAUUCAGACCAAAACAGGAUAUAUCGGUACAAAUAGAUACAUCUGGGACAAACCGUCACUCCAUACGCAGGAACUCUAUGGAAGAGAUCAAACGCAUGAUGGAUAACACUUCUGAGGAUAGCGAUGACGAUUGUGGACACAACGGGUUUCAUUUGGAUCACGGGGAUAAGUGGCCAACGUCAUUUUGGACACAACUAUGCGUGCUCAGUCAUAGAACCUUUAAACAAUCAUUGCCAGUGAUUUUAUCCAAGUUAAAUUUAAUACAGAACCUGCUGUUAGCCAUCAUAAUUGGCUUAAUCUGGUUCCAGUUACCACACAAGGAAGAGACUAUUAAUGACAGAAGAGGCCUGCUUUUCUUUUUCAUAACGUAUUGGAGUUUCACGCCGCUGUUCCAUGCUUUACUCACGUUUCCAUCAGAGGAAGUGAUCAUUAGAAAAGAAAGAUCGUCCGGAAGCUAUCGUCUCUCGGCGUAUUAUUUUGGUAAAUGUCUCAGUGAAGUUCCACUGGUUAUCUGUUACCCCUGCGUGUUUUUAUUUGUUUUUUAUUGGCUGUGUGGUCUUAAUCCAAGCGUGGCAUUUCUCGGUCAAGCCCUGAAUCUGGUCGUUAACGCGAUUUUAUCGCAGUCAAUAGGACUUGCCAUUGGCGCGACUGUGAUGUCAUUCAACAAAGGAAUUGUGGUCGCUGCCGUCACAAUGUUAACCUUUAUGCUUCUGGGAGGUUUUUAUACUGAUAGAGUACCAUUCUGGUUGGAAUGGGUGCAGUAUUUAUCAUUUCUCACGUACUCGUACCAGAAUUGCCAGAUUAUGGAGUUCACUGGAAUUGCAGAUCAAAGUUGUGCUGAAAUAACCAGCUUCAUGCAGUGCAAGAACAAUGCAACUGUCAUCACAGGUAGUCAAAUUUUGAAACAUUUAAAUGUGACAAGAACAUACGGUGAAAACCUGGCAGUUUUGCUUGGAUUUACUAUCAUAUUCAGAGCAAUUGGGUAUUGUUCAUUGAGAUUCCUUCAUAAACCCAAGUAAAUAUAUAAAUUUCAUUUGUUCAGUUUGUUAUUAAGUACCAGGGUAUGGUACAUGAGUGGGUACCAUCCAAGGUAGGAGAGAAACAAAGAACUCUCUUUAAAGUUAUUAUGGUGUACAAGAUAGUUAUUAUUUUGUAAAUUUGCUGGAGGUGUCUCCAGAAACAGAAUGUAGUUAAGUUUGGUUGAUUUUUAAUGCCAGGUACUGGGUAGUAGGACUAGAUGUACAUCAUUUUCAUGGAUCAGUUCACAGAGUUUACAGAGAGUCGUACAUAUAAUAUAUGGCAGAGUUAUAUUAAAAUUAUAAGAAAUAAAAUUAUUGAGUUUAUAAAG